AUGUCGACAACUUUAACAAAUUCAACAUCAACUAUUAGAUAUAAUACAAUCAAGAUUGAUAAUCAAGAUAUCUUUUAUAGAGAGAGUGGAGAUAAGAAGAACCCAACAUUGAUUCUAUUACAUGGGUUCCCAUCGUCAAGUCAUCAAUACCGACAUUUAUUGGCCGACACUCAUUUGACAAGUAAAUAUCAUUUAAUCGCACCCGAUUACAUUGGAUAUGGUCAAUCGUCGAUGCCAUCCACCAAGGAUUUCGAAUACACCUUUGACAACUUGUCAGUAGUCACCGAAAAGUUUAUCAAAGCCUUGUCCAUUGAAAAGUACAGUCUCUAUGUAUUUGACUAUGGUGCACCAAUUGGUUACAGACUUGCUCUUCGUAAUCCAGAAAGAAUCCAAUCAUUCAUAGUUCAGAACGGUAAUGCAUAUGAUGAAGGUAUAGAUAAUGCAUUUUGGAGUAACGUUAAAAAGUAUUGGGCCGAACCAACCAAACAAGAAAACAUUGACUUUGUACUAGGACUAAUUACACCACAAACAACUCAAUGGCAAUACUUGAACGGUGUACAAGAAAAGGAUAAGAGUUUAGUUGCACCUGAUGGAUAUGUAAGUGACCAAUACUAUCUUGAUCGUCCAGGUAACGGUGAGAUUCAAGCUCAACUCUUAUUUGACUAUGGUACCAAUCCAGCCAAAUAUCCAGCAUUCCAACAAUACUUUAGACAAUAUCAACCACCAAUGUUAAUAGUUUGGGGAAAGAAUGAUGAAAUCUUUCCAGCUGAAGGUGCAUACCCUUACAAGAGAGAUCUAAAGAACCUUGAAUUCCAUCUUUUCGAAACUGGUCAUUUUACUCUUGAAACUCAUCAUCAACAAAUUUCAACUUUAAUUAAUCAAUUCUUAACAAAGAAUCUAAAUAAUCUAAAUAUUAAUAAUAAUAAUCCAAAUAUUGAGAUGUCAAAGAAUCCUAUUGUAUUCAUUACAGGUAAUGCAAAGAAAUUAGAAGAAGUGAUUCAAAUCCUUGGAUCAUCUCUAACAUUGGAAUCUAGAAAGCUUGAUUUACCAGAAUUACAAGGAGAACCAGAAGAUAUAUCAAAAGAAAAGUGUAGAUUAGCAGCAAAACAUGUUGGAGGACCAGUAUUGAUUGAAGAUACUUGUUUGUGUUUUAAUGCAUUACAAGGAUUACCAGGACCCUAUGUAAAGUGGUUCUUGGACAAGUUGAAACCAGAAGGAUUGUAUGAUCUCCUUGCUGCUCAUCAAGACAAGACUGGAUAUGCUCUAUGCAACUUUGCAUUCUCUCGUGGACCAGAUGAUGAACCAAUCGUGUUUGUCGGUCGUACCAAUGGUACAAUUGUCCCACCACGUGGACCACGUAACUUUGGUUGGGAUCCUGUAUUCCAACCAGAAGGAUACACUGAAACCUAUGCUGAAAUGGAUAAAUCAAUUAAAAAUACAAUCUCUCAUCGUACCAAAUCUUUAGAACUUGUAAAGAAUUAUUUAUUUGAACAUGGAUAUGGUAAUUAA